CUGGUGUUCGGGUUGUGGAGUUCAGGGGCGUGUGAGAAAGUUUCUGAACACCCUUGGCCUUAGGCUUUAUGGAGCAAAUGGCAAUGGAAUGGGGGCCGUCAUAAGCUUCCCCCACCUCAUGCCCCGCGACUGGGGCAUGACUCAUCAGGGCCUUGACUUAUCAGCGCCUUGUGGGGAGGGUUCUUCUUCCCUCAGAGGAAUCAGGAAAUACCCACCUCUGCAGCUCUCUCUAAGCUGUGGUCUGAUGAAGUGCCAGGGCUGGAGUGCUGUGGAGAAAGCUUCGAUUGUUUUUAACUCUUCAUUUUCAGGCUGCUCCCAGGGAGGCUGCCUUUGGUCACCAGGAUCCAUUGUACCGGCCCUUCUCUCCCUGUUGUCUUCCAGAAACAACCUUUGGUCUAGGAAGUAGAAGCUUUGCUGACUAAGGCCCUUGCUGGGGUGGAUUUUGGGGAGAAGGAAGCCCAGCCCCCAAGGGUCCCUAGAUGCCUCACUCCAGCCUACAUCCAUCCGUCCCACGGCCCAGGGGUCGCUGGACCAAGAAGGCAGCCUUUGUCCUGCUGAGCAUCUGCCUGGCAGUCCUGUGGGUGUUGGGGGAACCAGCAGACCACAUUCUCAAGUGGCUGGUGCUCCACCAGGCCUCCGUGCAGCUGGGACUUCUGUUCAAAAGGGUCUGCAGUCUGGCCGAGGAGCUGUUCCACGUCCACUCCAGGUACCAGGGCAGCUACUGGAGGGCUGCUCGGGCCUGCCUGGGCUGCCCCAUCACCUAUGGGGCCCUGCUGCUGCUGUCCUGCUAUUUCUACAUCUACCUCCCAAACAUAGCUGGUCUGCCUUUCACCUGGGUGUUUGCCCUCCUGGGCGUCUCCCAGGCACUGAACAUCCUCCUGGGCUUCCAGGAGCUGGCCCCAGCUGAGGUCUCUACAGUCUGUGAACACGGGAACUUCAAUGUGGCCCAUGGGCUGGCGUGGUCAUAUUAUAUCGGGUACCUGAGGCUGAUCCUGCCAGGGCUCCCGGCUCGGAUCCGCGCUUUCAAUCAGUUCCACAACAACACAAUGCGGAGCCAUCGGCUGUACAUCCUCUUCCCCUUGGACUGUGGGGUGCCUGACGACCUGAGUGUAGCCGACCCCAACAUUCGCUUCCUGUAUGAGCUACCCCAGCAAAGCGCUGACCGUGCUGGCAUCAAGGGCCGGGUUUACAAAAACAGCAUCUAUGAGAUUCUGGAGAACGGAAAGCCGGUGGCCACCUGUGUCCUGGAAUACGCCACCCCCUUGCAGACCCUGUUUGCCAUGUCACAGGAUAGCCGAGCUGGCUUUAGUCGGGAGGAUCGGCUUGAGCAGGCCAAACUCUUCUGUAGGACGCUCGAGGACAUCCUGGCAGAUGCCCCUGAGUCUCAGAACAACUGUCACCUCAUUGUCUACCUGGAACCUGCAGAGGAAAGCGGCUUCUCCCUGUCACAGGAGAUUCUCAGGCGCCUCAAGCAGGAGGAAAAGGAGGAGGUUGCUUUGGGUACUAUGGGGACCUCGGUGGUGCCUGGCUCCUCCACGCUACACGAAGAGCCCCAGCUCCUCAUCAGUGGCAUGGAUCAGCCUCUCCCACUCCGCACAGAUGUCUUCUGAGGCCCGCACUCACCUUGCCUGAGCCCCUAGUGAUCCCUAAGACUCUGGGUUGGGGGCUUUCUUUAGCAUCUGGAAGCCCAGCAGAGCCAUUUCG